AUGGACUAUCUUACAGGCAUUGCAGCUGAGAAAUAUGAGAAGGUUGGGGUGGUCAGGCUCGUUCUCGAGCAAGAUCACGCGAUAAUUACCUUCUUGGUCGCGAAGAGGGUGUUCGAACUCGCCAUAUUCCGCGCAGCGGUGGAAGAACAAGAGGAAGGAGUAGUAUCAAAAAGAGAAGAAAAGAAAGAAGAAGAAGAAGAAGAAGAAGAAGAAGAGAAAGGAGAAGGAGAAGUAAACGCUCUGGCAAAGCGUGCGGACGAUUUGUAUGAGGCUCGGGAUUCUGAGAAUUAUGAAUGGUUCUCCAGGUUUUCCAGGCCCUAUUGGCUUUCAGCCUGUUCUCGGCGAAUUUUCCGCUCCUAUGCAGCUCAGAUGAAAACAGACCUGGCGUCUCACUUGGUCUCAAUGUUGCUCGUGCACCGUGAUGAUUCCCUGGCGGUGAUUGACCAAGGUCACCGCAGAUGCCUUUCCAGUGCUCCACGUAUUCACGAGAAUGCACAGAAAGCGCUGGCUUCACUUCCUCGGUUCAAGUUGUCGGAGGCAGAAGUCCUCGAUGUCAUUCAACCGGCCUGGCAGUACCGCGUGAGGAUAAAGCGAAAGACCUAUAUCUACAUUGUGCAGGAAGACCCUGCUGCCUGGACCCCCAGCGCCGUUGCCGAAGGGAAUGCGAUGGGCGUAAUAGGUUUGGAUACAGGAUACCAGCCGCCACCGCCUCGACCUCUUUACCUCACUUGGUUGCCCGACCCCGAGGACGAGCCCAUUGGAUUGCCCAUUGGACCGCCCAUCAGCUCAGACUGGUCCAUAGAGUGGAUAAAGCCCUGCGAAGACGAUCUCGUUCUGAGAUAUGAUGUGGUGUGGUAUCCGACUUAUGCCAAGAGGCACCACCGUGUGAUCGUUCACGUUCAUAUCGCCCGGCCGCCCCGGAAUUUCAACCUGGAGACGAUUGAGCGCCGCAUCUUUGAGUCCUGGGACGGGCUCCAGGACUCCCUUGUCGACGAGACUCCCCGCGAGACCCUACAUUUGCCCGCUAAUCUAGACUAA